AUGCCUGGUGGCACGAACCCCCCGUUGAGUGUUAUAGCUUCGUGGCCGCCUCCCAACUAUGUUAAUCCAGAAGGACGAGGAAGAGUGACGUCCAACAUCGCUUUCGUCCUAACGCCUAUUACCUUUUUUACCGUAUUCUCAAGACUGUGGGUUCGAUUCUAUAUGCAGCGCAAUGCUGGCUGGGAUGACUGGCUCAUGGUUGUUGCUCUUCCAAUCGUCAUGACUUUGGCUAUUCUUAUCCCAUGGAUGCACAUAUGGGAUGUCGAUCUCACCUUGUUUGAGGUUCAAAGAAAACUCAUCUUGGCCAUAGAGAUCCUAUUUGUCCUCGGCACAGGGCUUGUCAAAGUUUCUAUCCUUCUCUUCUUCCGUCGCCUAGGUUCGCGCGGCACAUCCAAAGCCUUUAGAAUCACCACCUGGGUUGCAAUUGGGUUCCAAGUCGCGUCCACAGUUACUUUCUUCAUAAGUCCGCUUGUUGGAUGCAAGCCCAUCUCGGCUUACUGGGAGCAGUCGAACGUCAUAAACAUAGCGCUAGGAAAGAAAUUCAACUGCAAUGAGGAGGGCGCUGCCAUGGCAGCCGCUGGCGUCAUAUCCACGGUGCAAGACGUAAUCUGUGCUCUACUCCCCAACUUUAUCUACUGGAAAGCUAAAAUCCCAAUUCGACAAAAAGUAGCACUGAUGGCGAUAUUUGCUACUGCUUAUGGAGCAGCUGUGUUUGGGGCUUUGCGAACAUAUGCCACCUACGUUCUUUUCUAUGAAACGUACGAUAUCUCCUGGCAACUCUGGGAAAUUUGGAACUGGACCCUCCUGGAGCUUCAUAUCGGUGUAAUUUGCGCAAAUGCGCCUGCUCUCAAGGUCUUCGUGAAGCGGUACCUCAACGUCAAAUCUUUAGUCUCCAAGGGCCACGGCUCUUCGCAAGCGAAAUCAUCACAAGCGAAAUCGUCGCAAGCAAAAUCAUCCCAAGCAAAGUCAUCGCAGACGGCGAGCCAAGCGAACAGCACCCCCUCGGGAAAAUCCAGAGCAAAGCUAGCCAUAUGGAAAAAUUCUUUCGCGAACCACGGAUAUUAUUCACAACCAACGCAACUAUCUGUUCAUGACCAAAGUGGUGUGCAGACUGGCGAAGAGUCGGAUCAACAUACGUCGCGUAAUCCCAAAACCUCUAGGGAUUCAAAUUCAAGUCACGAACACUAUGCGAAUGAUGAUGUUGAGAUGGGAAUACUCAACAAUGCCGCAUCCUACCCGAGCCAGCCUCCGGAGGCACAUAGGGGGAGUCGCGGUUUGGUAUCUUUAUAUAUGUACGAUAGUGAGUUAGAGGAUGAAAGCAUGAGCCGAGGAUUUCGACACAUGAGAAUUGAGGUAUAA